AUGGAUGCUACUGAUUGGAGAACACAACUUCAACUUGAUUCUCGACAGAGAAUUGUUACCAAGAUAAUGGAAACUCUAAAACGAUGCGUUAUAAUUUCUGGGCCAGAGGGAUUGGUGGAGCUUAAUAAAAUUGCUGUUAGAUUCGAGGAAAAAAUAUUCACUGCUGCCACAAGUCAGACGGAUUAUCUACGAAAAAUAUCUUUGAAGAUGCUAACAAUGGAGACAAAAUCUAAGACAAAUGGAGUUGCUAAUUCUUUGCCAUUAAAUACUGGUGGUGGUAGCCAAAAUCCUCAAGAUCCAGCGUGUCAGUGUGCAGUCCGAAGUGCGCAACCCAGGGCAGUCACAAAUUCCUUUAGACAACCAGUCUCAAGCACGGCAGCAGCUGUUAUCCCAGAAUAUUCAGAAUAACAUUGCAAAUUCUGGGAUCCAAGGACCUGUGGCAUCGUCUUCUACAUUGCCAUCUGGGGCCAAUCUCACUCAGUCCUUACACCGACUUCGUCUGUGAAUCUAGGAUCUAAUAAUUGACUGGCAACUAAAAACGUUCAUAUUUUGUUUUCAUGUUUGGUGGUGAUAUGACAAUUAUUUAUUCCUUUUAUGGGAAGAAAUCAACAUU